AUGACUGUAUUCCGAGCUGCUCACUCGUUAAAAAAAGCAGUUCACUAUUCUCUUUUACUCCCAAAAACCCCUCUCCUGACCACCCGCCGACACGCUAUUGCAUACACAGAUGGAUCGUGUUUUAACCCUGGCAGGAGGAACGCAAAAGCUGGAUUUGGUGUUUUUUGGUACGAUGGUUGCGAGUACAAUUGUUGUGGAAAAGUGACUGGAAUACAAGAUAAUAACCGCGCGGAGCUUUGUGCAGCUUGUAGAGCUAUUAGAAUGGCGUACAACCUCAAGGAAACCGAGAUCACAAUCAAAACUGAUUCGCCAUUUGUGAUAUAUGCACUGGAAACGCCGAAAGAUGGCCGGGGGUAA